CUUCAGCCUUGAUCAUUCGAAUUCGGGUUUGGAAACAGUCAGUCCCGUCGCUUUCUUAGUUCUUGGCCUACAGCCUACUGCAUGCUACGAACAUACUAAAAGUUAAUUACAUAAUUUAAAUAUAGUACGGAAUACAUACCUCUUACAAAUCUAUCCUGCUCAAUCAAGAUAUACAUCAAACAUACAUCUUACUUACACAUCUACAUCUUAACAUACAUACCUCUUAACAUACAACUAUCUUAUAAAUAUCAAGAGACUUCCCCCGGAGUCAUAAAUUUACAAUACAUUCGGCUUUCAAGAAAACCGAAGGCCUCUCAUUGUCUACCCCCUUUUAGAGACGUAGUCUUGCAAUCAUAGCAUUCCGCCGGGGCGUCUGACCCGCCCCUGGUAAAAGGCGUUAGGCAGCCUCAAUUCGUGUCGCAUUCCCUCCACCUCGCCGCAAUCGAUAAAGACAUUCCUCAUUUUUCAUACGAAGCCUUUCCACAUAUUCGGAAUAUACACCAUUGCCAGCUUCAUACUGAACGGUGAACCCCACUAUACUUAUCGUGAAGAUUCAAAUGAUAAGCGCCAACCAAGUCUCAGUUGAAGACUUGGGGUGCAGGACUAAAGUGCGGGACUAAGAGAGGACGGUACCUAGCCAUGGCAUCUAACUCGUCGGGAAAGCCACCCAGGGUCCUUGCUUGUGUUUUGUGCCAAAAUAGAAAGAUCAAAUGUGACCGCAGAACUCCUUGUUCCAACUGCAUCAAGGCCAACGUUUCCUGUACUCCAAGUACCCCGGCGCCUGCACGCAAGAGACGGAGGCCCAACCAAGACUUACAGCAGAGGCUCGCCCGGUGCGAGGAGUUGCUGUCCGAAUAUGCCACCGCCAAACCACCAGCUCCCUCGUCCACUGAAUCACCAAGCCAAGAUGAGUCUUGGAGACCCCUCGGGAAACUGAUAGUCGACGAUGGCGGCGUUAAAUUUAUAGAUAGUUUCUUAUGGGCUACUAUUCACAGCGAACUCUCGGCAAUGCGCGAGAUACUCGAGGAUGAAGAAACAGUAGACGAUCCAUGUACUCCAGCCGAGUCGCAAAUUUCCGAUCUCGAUGCAGGACUCAUAUUAUCAGAUACUUCUAACACCGAUUUAGAAGAGCUACAUCCCCAACCAGCUCACGUAUUCCGCCUAUGGCAGAUUUUCAUCGAAAGAGUCAACCCAAUAACUAAGGUGAUCCAUGUUCCUACAGUCCAGCCACUGCUCGUCGAAGCAGCGGCAAGUAGAGCAAAGAUACCUAAGAAUGCCGAGGCCCUGCUAUUUUCCAUAUAUCUAAUGGCGACCGUGGCUCUAACCGAAGAUGAGUGCUUAGAGCGGUUUGGGUACACUAAAGAUGUGGCUUAUACUCGCUUUUCCAAGGGUUGCCGUUCAGCUUUAAUGCGCAUCGGCAUUCUAAAAAACUACGACCUAGUUGUCUUACAAGCCUUAGUGCUAUACUUGUUCUCCCUGCCGGGUCAUUAUGACCGCCAUGCGGCAUGGAUUUUAAAUGGCGUCACGGUGAGGAUCGCGCAAAAAAUGGGACUUCAUAGAGAUGGAGAAUUCCUCGGACUAUCGCCGUUCGAGACUGAGAUCCGGCGACGAAUAUGGUGGCAAAUUAUUUUGCUUGAUGCCAUGUACGCGCUUAUGUCUGGCCUAGGUCAUUCCCUCCUCCCACGCUCCUGGGACACAAAGACACCCUUGAACCUCAACGACUCUGAUCUUUACCCUACCAUGACCACCCUCCAACCCAAAGACAGUCCCACGGAUAUGAUAUUCCGCCUCGUAUGUUGCGAGCUUGCCGCGACUAUGGUUGACACCCCUGAGCUUCACACGGUUAUCAUGCAGAAUGAGAUGGGGGUAGACAACCCCGAACCCGAAAAAGUCGAAAGGGCCACUAGGCGCAUCGAUGAGCUGGAUAGAACUUUGACGGAGAUCCUCACCAAGUAUAGCGAUCCCUUAAUGGGACCUGUGCACGUCUUAGCGACCGAGACGAAGUCAAUAAUGGUCGACAAGCUACGAGAGCUUGUUUGCCCACUCAGAAGUCAGCCGGAAUGGGGCACCGAAAUCUUAACGCCCAAAGACAACCUAUUUAAGCUGUCUCUCACGGCAGGGGAGCAGAAUUUGCGGAUGUACCAGAUACCUCAGACCGAGGGCUUUUUUCUCUGGUUUAUGAUGUCACAUUUUCAGAUAGAAGUUUUCAUAUAUAUGGUCGGGCAGCUGAGCACACGCACAUCUGGACAGCUGGUAGAAAGGGCAUGGCAGGUGGUCGAAAUGUUCUACCAGUACCACAUGGAAUUAUACGAUCUCUCGAUGAAGGCGCACAUGGCGUCCGCUAUCUUUACGAUACGAGCCUGGAACGUACGAGAAAGGAUACUUCGGGAUACAACGGGAUCUGCUCCGGAGACGCCGGGCUAUAUAGUCAAGCUGCUAAGUCUUCUUCCACCCGACGAGACUAGGCAUACACGCACUGAUGAAGCGUCUACCGUGACGAGUCUAAACAUGAGCCCUACUGCGCCUACACAACAACCCAGCACAGAGGUUUCUUGGGAUCAGAUGCUUGGCUUUGUCGAUGCUAAUUCCAUCGACUGGGGCGAUAUGUUUUCGGUACCGGCCGGGGGGCAACCGCAGCUGAAUUUCGGAGGUUAUGCAACGGUGUUUGGGGGAAACUCGAUUAACUGGAUGUAGACAUCCCAUCGGAAGAAUUAGAGGAUACGGACGUUGCCACUCACGUACUGGUGUUUCAUCCUGCUUUCGUGUUUGUUCUGGUCAUGAUGGGGCACUUGCUUUAGCCAUAGAAAUGGUAUGGUAAUAAAGAAACGGACAGACGCGCCGUUAUUGAACACUUCAGGGAUUGGGUGGUAUGCGCUGAGCAUGUUUACUCUGUUGAGUACUGGCGGAUGGAUUGGUAGGAUAGUCGAGAGGUACCGACAAGGACUGAACGAGUACUCGGGGGUUGUUCUUGAUAUCUAUCCAGCUGGCUUGAUAAGAUAUGGCGUCAUAAUGCCGUGUAAUGCUAUUCGCUAUUGUAAUAGAUGAAUCCAAUCAAGAGUAACUACUGGUAAGUUGAAUAUCUAUAUUAUGGGAGGAGCCGAGUGGUAUAAAUUACCUACGGUAUAGGAACAUUUGGAGCCUGGCGACGACCCAUGGGUUUGAAAGUAGUUUUCUCUGGUUCUAGAACAGCUUUAGUCCCAAUGGCUACCAUAGGUAUCACUAAUAAUUCAACUCUUCACUCCA